CUGGAUGUCACCUCCAGCCAGAGCAUCGCUGCCGCCGCUGCCUGGGUCCGGGAGCGUGUGGGUGACCGAGGGCUCUGGGGCCUCGUGAACAACGCGGGGAUUGCCAUCCCCACUGCCCCGAACGAGUGGCUGACCAAGGACGACUUCGUCAAGGUGCUGGAUGUCAACCUGGUUGGCCUCGUUGAGGUGACGUUGAGCCUCCUGCCACUGGUGCGACGGGCGCGGGGCCGUGUGGUCAACGUGGCCAGUGUGAUGGGCCGUGUCUCCGUCUUCGGUGGGGGGUACUGCAUCUCCAAGUUUGGUGUGGAAGCCUUCUCUGAUAGCCUCAGGCUUGAGAUGCGCAACUUUGGGGUGAAGGUCAGCGUGAUCGAGCCAGGAUACUUCAAAACAAUGAUCACUGAUGUCGAGAGUCUGGAGAGGAAUUUUCUUUCCGUCUGGAAGAAGCUUCCUGAGGAAAUCAGAACGAGUUACGGGGAGAGUUAUUUGAAGCAGUUUGUGGCAUCGCUCAAGAUGAUGCAAAAGGGGUACAACACUGACCUGUCUCUGGUCACAAACUGCAUGGAGCACGCGCUGACCAGUCUCCACCCCCGCGCCCGCUACUCCGCCGGCUGGGAUGCCAAGCUGCUCUACAUUCCCCUUAGCUACCUGCCCUCGGCCCUCACGGACGCCGUGUUCACCUUGUUUUACCCCAAGUCUCUUGCGAAAGCCUAA